AUGGAAAGUGCAACGUGUACGGCGACACUAAUAGACGUCGUUCGGUUCAGUGUGAGUCGGGUAGUUCACGACAUCAGUGAUUCUUUUCAGAAAUGCGACAAAGUCGAGAUCCUCGAUUCAUCAGAGCGAGCUAUUCACACGUUAGGGAAAGUGUUAGUCUUAACGCGUUGGAUAGGUCGGAACAAAGUGAUUCAAGACAUCGACCAUUUCAAUACUGCUUGUCUUCAAUCGAUCAUAGCACUUCAUUCGUUAGUCAAAGUCUUUGUUUUGAUGAAUAGAAAGAGUGUAGCCUUACGAGUUGCAUUCCCAGAAAUCCCUUCAGCACUGCAAGUCCUUCUCACUGCCAAUUUUGAAUUACCAACCAUCCCAAAACAAGUCCCAAAUUAUUAUAACAUUAAAAAGACGGUGGAAAGGUUCUUGUGGGGGGUCUACUAUACACACAACAGUCUCAUUAAAUGCUCCAAAUUUGAUAUAGUGUGUGGGAUGAUGUAUAUCAAAGUCGACCAAAACUUCGAGUGUUGGAUCACGGUCGACAACCAAGACGCUAUUUACACAAAAACUGACGUCUUCUGGAGAAUCGUCUCCGUCAAUUUCUAUAUCCCACAUGUUAUUAAAACAGACGAAAAAACAAUCGCUCACUUGAACGAAGUGCUCAAACAGAAGACGGAAUGCUUGAAAACACCAUUUCCGGGGUUAAUCAAUUACUUUUUAUAUACCGCAAAGAACAUGCAUUUCCAACAUUUGUGUCUGGAAGCAGACAGUACAAGGACAAAAGAAUUCUUCCCCAAUUUAGUAGCGAAGAUCUCGAAUGGAAUGAACGAGAAGACGUUGACCAUCCAUUACUGGAAUAAUGAGAUUUAUGUCAAAUACAACUUCGAUGUCAAGAAUAACAAACUGCAGAUCACACACUCGCCACUCUUGAGCACAGACUAUUUCGACGUCUCGUUGCCACUUCCACAACAAAUCACAAAAUUGGCGAAAGCGACUGUCGGGAUGUUAUGCCUCAAAUUAUCAAAGCAGUUGGUACCGUUCGAAGGGAAGAACAAAGCACGAACAACUUUUCAUAUAUCGAUGUAUACGGGGAAGAUCAAUAUUAACACACCAUAUUUACCAAAACCACUGGUGGAACAUUAUAAUAUACUUGUCAGUCGGAAACCAACGGCAGACUUCACAGCACUUCUUGUCGAUUUACAUACACAAAUUAAAUACGCGCAGAUCUAUACCAUCGCCAAAACAUAUUUCAAAGGGUACCCAAUAUUAAGAUGCGACGAUGACACAUAUAACAUCAUUAAAACACACAUCGGAAAAUUCGAGAAGAUCAGAGGCGAAUAUUUGGUGCCAAAACAUAACAUAGCAAAUGCAGCAAAUUUCGAGAUCUGUGGCUUCCCGUUUCUCGUGAAGAUGUCCGACUCGAGAUUUGUGACAUUGGCGAUCACAAAGAAGUACGACGAAGUGUCUAAAAAGGAUGAGGACACUAUUAUAUGGAUCGUACUCAAAGAUGGCGCACUGAAUUAUAGUUAUUGUUCUAAAGACGUUUUCGUGCCAACGUCGACAUCGACGUGCAUUUCGAAAAUCGAUAAAUUCUGUGACUGUUCGGAUUUGGAGUGUAAAAAAUGUGUUAAUACGGACAACUUCAAAACUCGAUUUGAGGAACAAUUCAAAGCCGAGAAUUUCACACAAUUGAAUAUUGGCGGGCCGGAGAUCUGUUUGGAGUGUCGGUACCUCCCCUACUUGAUAUAUCUUGAGCAGAUAACUGAGGUCCAAAAUUAUACGAUUAAUGUGUCGUUCAAGCCAUUCAAAGACAAUUUAAACGUUUUGUUAGUGAAAGGGAAUAGUGUUGAGUAUGUCAAACAGAAAUUCCGAUUUACAAUAUCGCCCAAUGAAUUUGAGAAUCCGCCACGAGUGUUAUUAGACAAAGUAGUUGUGUUUAUUCACGUGUUAAUGUUAGUUGAUCAUUUGAAUGAAAAUGUCACUUCGUUUACGGAGAACAGCGUGACUGUGUCGAACAGUUUUGUCAUUAAAGUGACUUCUUCAUUGAUAGAUACGAUGGUUCUAACAUUUAGUUUAACACAACCGUAUGCGGGAUUGUCGAAUAUGUUCUCUUUUGUAUUCUUCCCCGAGAACACACCAACUGCACUAGUUCCAUUGAGUAAAAAGGCGUUGUUCUUCACAUCUUUGAAGACCGUUGCAAAUUGUAUUAACCAGAUUUUGCAGCUUUUUUACAACGCAAAUCGGUCGUGUCUGUCAAUCACCAUUUCUCAUCUCAAUUUCUUGACAAUUUGUCUCUCACAAACGAGUGCUGUGGUCACCGAGAGUAAUGUGACUGCCAUCUUCUCUUAUAAUAUAUCUACGGGAAAUAAGAGUGCGACAUUUCUCUAUAAGAGUGCGGGGUUCUUCAAUUUGUGUCCGUCUGAAUUGUUCACAAAGACGUUUGAGAACAAAAAGAUCUUCCCGUCAGUUUUUAAUAUGACGGAGUUACUUGCGCACUUGAAGAAUCUCGUCAACUUUCUUCACACGUUUUUGUUUGUCGAGUUUGUGUGUUCGGACAGAGAGAUGAAGAACAUGAUGAUACACUUGAGACACGACUUGGUCUUCGAAAUACCAAAAAACUUCAUGGAAACCGUCUCCACGAGUUUAACACAACAACCUCACCCCGAUUUACUUACAAAGUACUUCAAUAAUAGGUUCUCAAACCCAUUCAAAAGUGGCCAAUUCGUGAUGGCAAGACAACUUGUGAUAUUCAUGCAAAGCAAAGUCAAGUUGAUUAGGGCGUUUGAACCCCUCUUCAACUUCUGUUUACUCUCACAGAACACUCCAAAGAACAUCUUCGACUUCUCUAUUGAUGAGUCAACGCCUCAUGUCCUCUUUUCUGUGAAGAAAUUUAAAACACUCAACGAACUCAACUCGGACCUCUUCGACUUCAGAAUCAUGUUUAAAUGCACACCUCCUCAUCAAUUCCAAUUGGAAGGAUUCCAACCACAAACGGAAAACACCAGAACCCUCUUCGAGAAGAUCCAAAUGAAGAGAAUCGACAACAUUAAACAGGUCGUGGAAAUUAUUGGGGAGAACAUCAACUAA